AUGUGGCGUGAGAUUGGGAGGUACUUGCCGACGGUGUCGGCAAACACCAGGUGGAUAGUUGGCGAUGGGCGGAGUAUUGAUGUGACUGCGGACCCAUGGGUGGAUACCGUCCCACUGAGGUGCUGGCCGACCAUGAUCGAUGCUGCGGCUGUGGAGGGGUUGCGGGUUUUUGAUCUUCUGGCCCGGGGAGAGUUAGUAUGGGAUGACGCCAGGUUACGUCAGUUGUUCGGAGGAUACCUAACUGAGAGGAUCCGGUCUCUUCCGGUGCCAGGUUGUGGGGGGCCUGAUGUCAGGGUUUGGGGCACCUCUUGCCGAUCCAGGGUCCAGCUGGGAGAUCUCACCGGUGUUAUCCAGCAGGAGCACGGGCCGGGGCAGGACUACACUUGGAUCUGGAGGUCAGGGCUUCAUCCGAAGGCUGCACUCUUCCUAUGGAAGGUGGCGUGGGACCGUCUUCCGACGAGAGCAGCGCUGAGCAGGCGAGGAUGGGAGAUCCCAGCGGAGUGCGGGACAUGCAGUGUUGAGGAGUCGGUCGACCACGUGCUCUUCAAGUGUAUGUGGGCGAGGUUGGCAUGGUUGUGGGCAGGGUUCCUGCCGGAGGUCUGGCGUGGGAGGCCUCAGUUUUUACAGAUGAUGCAGCAGUGGUUGGUCCGCCCUCGGACAUGUCAGGAGGCUAUUCGAGCGACCUGCACAGCACAUCAGAUCUGGCUGGCAAGGAACGCUCGCACCUUCGGUGAGCGCAGGGUAUCACCGAGGUUUGUGGCGGAGCUCGCGCGAGUACAAGCAUUGGAGAUCAGAUCUUCUUCAGAUGGACCUCUGAUAGCUCGGGACACCUGGGUUCCCUCUCUGCUUCGGCAGCUCCUUAGAUGA